AUGCCAUCUGAGAGGUGCCUGAGUGUUCAUGAAAUGCUGACAGGUCAGAGGCUGUGUCAAUCCAGCUCCCACAACGAUGCUGUCCUGGCUGCCCUGAACCAGCAGAGGAGCGAUGGCACUCUGUGUGAUGUCACCCUGAUUGCUGAGGAGCAGAAGUUCCAUGCUCACAAGGCAGUCCUGGCAGCCUGCAGUGACUACUUCCGAGCAAUGUUCAGUCUCUGCAUGGUUGAAAGUGAAGCUGAUGAAGUGAAUUUGCAUGGUGUCACAAGCCUUGGUUUAAAACAAGCCCUGGACUUCGCCUAUACUGGACAGAUCCUCUUGGAACCAGGGGUGAUACAGGAUGUCCUGGCAGCUGGGAGCCAUUUGCAGCUGCUGGAGCUUCUUAGCUUAUGUUCUCACUAUCUGAUUCAGGAAUUAAAUAGCUUUAAUUACUUGGACCUGUAUAAGCUUGCGGAUCUCUUCAAUCUCACUUUGUUGGAGAAUGCAGUGGUUGACUUCUUAGUGAAACACCUCUCUGAGCUCCUGAAGAGUCAUCCUGAGAAAGUUCUGUCACUCCCAUAUUGUGUUCUCCGAGAGGUUUUCAAGAGUGACAGACUCACUUCCCUCAGUGAGGAGCAGAUCUGGCAGCUGGCUGUGAGGUGGCUGGAGCACAACUGCUGCUACCAGUACCUGGAGGAGCUGCUCCAGGACAUCCGCUUUGGCCUCAUGGAUGCCGACACGCUGCAUGCUGUGGCUCUCACUCACCCUCUUGUCCAAGCCAGCGAGGCUGCCAUGGCACUCGUCAGAGAGGCCCUGGCCUACCACCAGAGCACCUUCGCGCAGCCGCUCUGGCAGAGCAGGAGGACGAGGCUGCGCUCCCAGUCGGACACUCUGUACAUCGUCGGUGGAAAGAAGCAGGAGGUCUGCAAGGUGAGGGAGCUGCGCUACUUUAACCCUGCGGACCAGGAAAACGCACAUGUGGCCGGCGUUGCCAACUGGAGCGAGAUGGCACCCAUGCCUGUGGCCAGGAGCCACCACUGCGUGGCCAUCAUGGGGCACUUCCUCUUUGUGGCAGGCGGCGAGGCAGAGCAGUGCAGCAGGCGCAGCUGCGCUGUGCGCACUGCCUGCCGCUACGACCCCCGGCACAACCGAUGGGCAGAUAUCGCGCCCAUGAAGAACUGCCGUGAGCACUUUGUGCUGGGCGCCCUGGGUGACUUCCUCUACGCAGUGGGGGGCAGGAAUGAGCUGCGCCAGGUGCUGCCCACCGUGGAGCGCUACUGCCCCAGGAAGAACAAGUGGAGCUUUGUGCAGCCCUUCGACCGCUCGCUCUCGUGCCACGCGGGAUACGUGCUGGAUGGGCUUCUCUGGGUGUCAGGAGGAGUCACAAAUACUGCACAGUAUCAAAACAGGCUCAUGGUCUAUGAUCCUAAGCAGAACAAGUGGCUAAGCCGCAGCCCCAUGCUGCAGAGGAGAGUUUACCACUCCAUGGCUGCUGUGCAGAGGAAGCUCUAUGUGCUGGGUGGGAACGACCUGGACUACAACAAUGACCGGGUCCUGGUCCGGCACAUCGAUGCCUACAGCAUUGACACUGACCAGUGGACACGCUGCAGAUUCAGCAUUCUGACAGGUCAGAACGAGUCUGGUGUUGCUGUCCACAACAGCAGGAUAUAUUUAGUUGGGGGCUAUUCCAUUUGGACCAAUGAACCUCUGGCCUGCAUCCAGGUGCUGGAUGUUAGCAAGGAGGGGAAGGAAGAGGUCUUCUAUGGUCCCGCACUCCCCUUCGCCUCCAACGGCAUCGCUGCCUGCUUCCUCCCAGCCCCUCACUUCAGCUGCCCCGACCUGCAGACCCUGCAAGUGCCUCACCACCGGCUGGGGGCGCUGUGA